CCCCUCGUUAGUUACGGUAGAUGACGUAUUAUUUGAGAGACAACACUGUAAACAUCAGGCGGGCUGCAGUGGUGUGGAACUAUUGCCACAGUCCUCUCCAAACGUGAAAAAAUAAGGUUGGACAGUGGCCGGUCUUCGUCGGUCGGUGUGAUUCUCGGCCCCCUUGGCCCCCGACCCCCUGGCAGGCGGAGCAUGUAUGCCGCGGCUCUACGUCUGAUCCGCUGUCGGAGGCUGAGCACCGCCGGGCCGUCUCGAGUGAGGAAGGCGCUUCAGUGGAAACAUCUAAGGAAGGUUGCGAAAGUAACAGGCGCAGUCGUCUUAGGGGGCUGUAUUUUCAUCACCAAUGAGGUCGUAGCCUUGGACAAGGCCGUGACCAUUGACACCAGUGCAAUCUACAAAGAGAAGUACAAGUCCUACAUUUACCUGAGAGCCACGCCCACAGAUGAGAAGGACAGCAUCACCGCAGGGCUUACAAACAAAGUAAGGAGGGAACUUCAUAAAGCAGCACGGCGGUUUCUGGAAAUAUCCUCUAGGCUUUUGCUGCGUUCACUAGAUGAGCGCCUUAGCCAUGUAGAUGCAGACCCACAUGAGGUGGCAUUAUGGGUCCUGUUGAAGAGGACGCAGUCCGCCAAUACAGAUAUCCGACUACAGGCUGUGCAGGAGCUUGCAGAUAAUCAUCACUGGCAUGACUACCAGUAUCAGACAGCAGCCCAGGUUAUUGACCAGCAGACAGCAGUGGGUCUGGCCCGGACUCCUCAGGUAGACCUGCGAUUCUUCCUGCCCCCACCGGUGCUACCUGACCUGGAAGAUGGUUGGUCAGCAGAGGAUGGACUGAGGCAGCUGCUGGCGUCUCUGCCUCUGUCUGAGGUGGACAAAUGUGUCCAGUACUUCACUUCACUGGCCCUCAGAGAGAGCACUCACUCCAUGGCAGCACAACGGGGUGGUCUAUGGUGUUUUGGUGGCAAUGGGCUCCCCUACGCCCAGAGCCUCACCUCUGUCCCCUCAGAGAAGGUGGAAUCCUUCUGCCUACAGGCGCUGGUUCAGCACUCAAAGGUCCAGAGCCACUGUGACCACAUUGUUGCCAGUGGGGGGCUGCAGCUCCUCCAGAGGGUUUAUCAGCUCCGUAGAGACUCCCUGAAGAUUCAGAGGAACAUCGUUCGCAUCAUAGGAAACUUGGCGCUCAAUGAGAGUGUUCACCAGGCCAUAGCCCAGUCUGGCUGGGUGUCUGUCCUGGCUGAGAUGAUGCACUCUCCUCACGCCAUGCAGGCGUCGCAUGCAGCUCGUGCCCUGGCCAAUCUGGAUAGGGAGACUGUAAAAGAGAAAUACCAAGACGGCGUCUACAUCCUCCACCCACAAACACGUGGCGACCAGCCUAUCAAAGCAGACGUGCUCUUCAUCCAUGGGAUUCUAGGGGCAGCUUUUAAGACGUGGAGGCAGAAGGACCGCAAUAUGUCAGAGGAAGAGAAGGAAGCAGAAAGCUGGGACGACUACACAGAGUGUUGGCCUAAGUCAUGGCUGGCUGCUGACUGUCCAAACCUGAGAGUCCUAUCCGUGGAAUACGACAGUCACCUCAGUGACUGGGGGGCCAAGUGCCCCGCCGAGAAUCAAAGGAAGUCUUUGGCCUACCGAAGCCAAGAGCUGCUAAAGAAGUUGAAGUUGGCAGGGGUUGGAGAGAGGCCUGUGGUCUGGGUAGCCCACAGUAUGGGAGGACUACUUGUGAAGAAGAUGCUGCUGGAUGCGUCAGAGGACCCUGAAAUGCACGGGCUGAUAAAAAACACCAAGGGCAUUAUGUUCUAUAGCGUUCCUCACCGUGGUACUUUUAUGGCCGAGUACUCCGUCAAUGUCAGAUAUCUCCUCUUUCCCUCUAUAGAAGUCAGGGAACUUUGUAAAGACUCACCAGCACUGCGUAACCUGAAUGACAACUUCUUGAACAUGGCCAAAGAAAAGGAAUUCAAGGUGCUGAGCUUUGCAGAGACGCUGCCAACAAACAUUGGUCCCAUGAUCAAGAUACUGGUGGUACCGUCACAGUCAGCAGAUCUUGGCAUCGGGGAGCUCAUCGAGGUGGAUGUAGAUCAUCUCAACAUCUGCAAGCCAGAGAAGAAGGACUCGUUCCUGUAUAGACGCAGCCUCCAGUUCAUCCAGGAAUCACUGCAGAGUUACUUAAGUCACUGAUGGAAAUACAGUGUGAACGCAAACACACCUGACACAACCUACUGUAUACUUGAAAUGGGGGAGAGCACUGUCACUCACCAACACCCCAAACCAAAAAAACUGCCUCUCCUUAUUGCACACUUGCAUAACCACUGACUACUCUGAUCAUAGUAUAAUUAGGGAAAUUAAAUCUAUUUUAAACAUUGACAUCUAUGAAGAGUUGUCAGUUGUGAUGAUAGUUUGGUCUCUUAGUCAUUCUCCUGGAUUGGACUGUCUCACUAAUAAUUAGUCUGAUGAAUUUUUAAAGAUCAGUUUACUUUUUGGAGAACUUAAUAUUUUAACAAAUAAGUUCAGAUAAUGAAAAUGCAAUUCAUAUUUCCUGGUAACUGUUUUUUAAAAUGUCAUCUUAACCUCAGCAGUUUAACUUAGUGUAUGGUGCAUAAUGCACAUACUGUAGUUUAAGAUGCACUGUCGUUGCCACUCAUUUUUGAGCAGAGCAAUGGUUUAAGAUUUUAUUUUUAUAUUUAUAUUUUAUCAUAACUACAGUGUGAGAGUCAUAUAUUGUGCCAAAACAUAUUCAUCUCUGAGCCUUACUCCAAAUGGACCUGCAUUAAUAUUAGUUCAGCUUACUUUAUUUAUUUGUGUAGGACUAAUUGAACAAUUGGUUUUUGAUCUCCCAUGUGGUUGUAGUCAAAUCUUCCACUAGCGAUGCAAUGCAGAUGAUGAAUAAAUGUACAUGGUUGGAGGCUUUUGUUGCCUUGUCUACA